UCCUCCUUUUUCCAGCACUUGAGGGCUUUUCCGCCUUCGAGGGGAAAAACAAAACACCACCAAAAAAAAGAAAAAGAAAAAAGAAAGGCGUAUGGCGGCAUCUGCAGGCACCGGGGAUGUGGUUUUUCUGAGGCUUCUCUCCCGAGAGCUGGCAGAGCUGGAGUUCGUUGAGAUCGCCAUCAUCGUGGUGGUGGUGAUGGUCAUGGUGGUGGUGAUCACGUGCCUCCUGAGUCACUACAAGCUGUCGGCGCGCUCCUUCAUCGGCCGGCACAGCCAGGGCAGGAGGAGAGAAGAUGCCCUCUCUUCGGAAGGAUGCCUCUGGCCCUCGGAGAGCACGGUGUCAGGCAACGGCAUUCCAGAGCCGCAGGUCUAUGCCCCUCCGAGGCCCACCGACCGUCUGGCCGUGCCGCCCUUCACCCAGCGGGACCGCUUCCAUCGCUUCCAGCCCACGUACCCGUACCUGCAGCACGAGAUCGACCUGCCGCCCACCAUCUCGCUGUCGGACGGGGAGGAGCCCCCGCCCUACCAGGGCCCCUGCACCCUCCAGCUGCGGGACCCCGAGCAGCAGCUGGAGCUGAACCGCGAGUCCGUGCGCGCGCCCCCGAACAGAACCAUCUUCGACAGCGACCUGAUGGACAGCGCCAUGGUGGGCGGCCCCUGCCCCCCCAGCAGUCACUCGGGCAUCAGCGCCACGUGCUACGGGGGCGGCGGGCGCAUGGAGGGGCCGCCCCCCACCUACAGCGAGGUCAUCGGGCACUACCCUGGGUCCCCCUCCUUCCAGCACCAGCAGAGCAGCGGGCCGCCCUCCUUGCUGGAGGGGACCCGGCUCCACCACGCACACAUCGCCCCCCUGGAGAGCACAGCUGCCUGGAGCAAAGAGAAGGAUAAACAGAAAGGGCACCCUCUCUAGGAAUGCCGGGGCCUGGGCCGGGGCCGGGGCAGCAGGAGGUAAAAGGCGAAACACUCCGCACUUCUUGAACGAGAAGACAGAGGAGGACUGGGCGGCACCCACAACGUUCGGCGCGUCACCAUCCCCUCCCCCUCUCUCUGUGUAUAAAUAUUUACAUGUUCUGUCUGGUCUGAAUGCACAAGCUAAGAAAGCUUGCAAAAAACCACGUUUCUUUGUUGAGCUGUGUCUUGAAGGCAAAAGAGAAAAAAAAAACCCCACAAAAUCUACCCUAGUCUUUUCCUGUUUCUAGUUGAGCUGCGUGCGUGAAUGCUUCUUUUCUUUUGUUUGUUUAUGAUGAUUUCACUUAACUUUAAAGACAUAUUUGCACAAAACCUUUGUUUAAAGAUCUGCAAUAUUAUAUAUAUAAAUAUAUAUAAAAUAAGAGAAACUGUAUUGUGAGGGCAGGAGUAUUUUUGUAUUAGAAGAGGCCUAUUAAAAAAAAAAGUUGUUUUCUGAACUAGAAGAGAAAAAAAUGGCAAUUUUUGAGUGCCAACUCAGAAGGCGUGUAUUACCUUGUAAAGAAAAAAAGUACAAAGCAGGGGUUUAGAGUUAUUUAUAUAAAUGUUGAGCUUUUGCACUAUUUUUUAAUAUAAAUAUGUCAGUGCUUGUUUGAUGGAAACUUCUAUCAUGUCUGUUGAGAUUUUUAAGGGAGAAAUGUCGAAAUUUCACAGUCGACGUCAGGCAGAGGGCGGGCUCUUACGCGGAUUUUGGAGAGGCUUCCGGAGGGGGCCGCUUUCCUGCGAAGUGGAAGCUUCUGGCUAGCGAUAGGUUAUUACCUUGUUAUACAUUCCCCACCGAAGGAGACACGUGUCCCACGUGUCGUCCCCGCCCCCCACCCCGAGCCAGAACAGCCUUCGGAUGGCAAAUGAAAUAAGGAAGUUACUCUAGGCACCAAGUUUCAGGUGGUGGCUUUGCCUUUCCGGAGAUGAAAAUAAACUUAGUGAAGAAUCUUAGUUUUUCCUCCUGUUUUUUUAAGCAUGAAGCCCCCACCCCCAUCCCACCCGGGGAAGGGGCUAAGGUGCCCGUCUCCAGCCGACAGCCGCUCCCUGCGCAUGUUGCCGGGGGACGCCCGCCCACCCGUCCCCCAGAGGGGCUUGGGUGGCUGUUUUGUGCGGAGUGCUUCGGGGCGAUCCGGCCGCUCCAGGAUUUAUCAGCUGAGGUCGGUGGAGUCCGCCGGCAGAUCAGAAAGGCCCUAAGUAUUAAGAAUUGGACCUCAUCCUUGUCUUUUCUCUUUACGUAGCAAUUCUCACCCAACAGGCCAACAAACAGAACAGCAGAGAUGAAAAAGUGACAUGCCUAGAUUUCUCCUGGGACAUGCAAAAGGGUUAACACAAGAGAAACAGUCAAACCUGUGCUUUCUGUUUUCAAGGCAGAAUUCUUUACCUUCUGCUCUCCUGCAUUUUCAUCCCCUCUCCCCGUGGAAACAAUCAUGUUAGAUGUGUUUAUUUAUCUGUGUUUUCAUAGCCUUUUUAGCAGAUAUGCAGCUCGUUUACCAGGAUUUUACUGAGUAGAUUUCGGUGUGGCGGGACCCCUUGGUGACGGCGUGCAGGUGAGGGUAUGUGAGUGGGCGCAGUGGCAACCGGCAGGACAGUGGAGUGGGGGUCCCUUGGGAUCUACCAGGGACAGUGGCUGGAGCUGCAGGCCCGUCCUCCCACUGAGGACAUGUUCACAUUCCAUGGGGUGACCCCCCCCAAAUGGAAGAGCAACCCCCCCCCCCUGCACGGAGCUCUUUUCAUUUUGGCAGACUGCUAACUAGCGGACUAACAUCAGAGGAGACGUAAGGGCAAUAACUUGUUUUUAAGCAACUUUUUUAUGACUUAAACAAAAACCUGAGAACGGUUUUUAAAGUUCUGACCCUUUGAACUCUAUUUAUAUAUACAUUUUCAGAAACAUGGUGACCAACAGAUAAACAUGGAGUCUGAGCGUCUGCUGACCAGCCUGGCAGAAAGUUCUUACACGUUGACAAUAAAACCUGCCUCUCUGUGGGGGUCUUCAGCCUAAACUUGGCUUCUCAAAGAAGAUUCUUUUCAGAAGUCGUGCAGAGAAAUCGGUAUAAUUUGUCCUAAAAGGUACAGGGACACAUUUAUAGAUAAAAUUUUUUAAAAACUGUAUCUUUCCUUUCUGUGAAGAGUCUCCCUAGUGCCUUACUGAGGAAGCAGGGCUCUCUUGUCACCAGUUGGGGGCAUCCCCAGGCAGUGACACGAUCACCCGGGGAUUGGCCUUCCCACUCGAGGUCAAAAAAGGGUUGCUGCUGCUUCUCAAACAUCCCCGUCGCCCUCUCGUGUCCCGCCCCACCCGCCCUCCACCGUGGGUGUGCCUGGCUCCGUCGGGCGACCCCUUCCUGUCCCUCCACCCUCUUGUCCAAUACUGUGUUUGACUGCCAUGGGAGUUGUGAGCCUAGAAGUGGCCCUCGGUUGUGUGGGCAGCGUUCCCGAGGUCCUCUUGAGGCAAACUGUUUGACUCCUGUUGCUUGGUGGUGCGGUGGGCAUUUGCGGUGUUUGGAAGGAGGCAGGGGAGUGGGUUCCUGACCUCAGCUGGCUUGAGGGCAGAGCACGCCCCUCCGAUUGCACCCCAGGAAUGCAGUCCAGGGCUCGAUGCUGCAGAGCCCCUGGGCUUCAUGCCCCGCAGAUGCCAGUUGGAGAGGUUCAUGGCAGAGCAGCUAGUCAAAGUCGGGGCGCAUCCCGAGAAAACCGGUGGGGUGUGUUUCUGGAAACGACUGUUGGAGCUAAGCUCUCGGUUUCUCUGCUGGACCCCAGAGCUGGUGCACUCAUUCCUCUAGGUGUUGGCUGUCAUGCCAUUAUCUUUGAAAAGGCUUUGAGCACCACUGAGGCGACCUCCUUUUGCCAGUAAAAAGUUUGGGGUCCUAGGCAGUGGCUGGUUGGAGGGGGACCAGGUUGGGCUUCCUCUACUCCUCAUCGUUUCCCUGCUUGUCAAUCACGGUUCCUCCCCCACAAAGGCCAGGUCUCCGCAGACCGACUUAGCAAGGAGCCCUGAGAGCCAUCCCUUGUCCCCCGCACCCCACCCCCCGGAAGCCCAGUGUUCUUUGCAAAGAGCUAAAACUCCCCCCACUCCCACCCCCAGCGUCUAGUGAACACCAGGGCAGGGCAAGAACCGAGUCCGUUCCCUGUCCUUGUCUCUGUGAAUUGUAUGUUUCAGAAAUUGCUUUCUAAAUGCACACAAAGCUUCCAGAUCCAUAAAACAUCCCAGUGAUAAGGAAAAAUAAGUGUUUGGUUUGGUUUGGUUUUGUGUUUGUUUUUUUCUGGAAACUGCGCUUCAAAUCUUGCUGUACUAUAGAGCCCAGAAGGACACGCGUUCUCGUUCGCCUGCCUGCGUCCAUGGCGAUGUGCUGAUGGUUGCGUUCUUGGCGUUGGAACCGCUCUCCUUGGCAGCCCCGUCUCCCAAGUUCUGUUCAAGUUAAACUCACGUAAAUUCUCCGUGGCUCGCUGGGUGCUGUGCCCACGUGGCUGCGCGUAAGACUCUGUAUUUGGAUGCCAAUCCACAGGCCUGAUGAAAUCGCUUGUUGUGUAUCAAUAAUCAUUAGUGGCAAUGAUGACGUUCUGAAAAGCUGCAAUACUCAUACAAUAAAUUUUACAACUCUUUGGAA